AUGAUCGCGGGAUACGCUCCUCUGACAAUACCAGGCACUAAGGCCGCCGCCAAGGGACGUGCGUUUCGCGCUUUCAACAAUUCACUCCAUCGCCUGUUGCAUCUCUUACAUCCUGCCCCCUCUCUGCACGCGCCCUCGAUUUCCUCCAAACCUAGUCCCGUCGCUGAGCUGCGAUUCUUGCGACGACCUUUCCGACCUCCUGGGCUCCCUCUCUUCGGUUUCGGGCGAACCACGCGCACCCGACCAUUACAGGCGCAACCCGCUUCAAAUCCUCCCUCGAAGGUGCCGUCCUCGCUCGGCGAUACUCAUUCGAAUUCACCCUUCCGAUCCUCACUCAGAGCUCUGAUUCUGCGCCGGGCUCCCAUGAUUAUGCCCAUGGCCAUUGUCUUCGGUGGCCAGUGA